UCGCCUCAGAAGUAGAGGGAGCAGGGCAAGUCUGGUUCUUGUGUCCAGGUCCGCCGGUGUGAUGGUGUCCGGUGAUGGAGUCGGGAGCACCGGGACUGCCGAGGAGCAGCACCAGACCCUGGUCUACGACACCGCCGUCAGCACGCUGCUGGCCGUGGCGGUCUACGUGGUGGUCAAAGUCAGUGUGGACUCGCUCAGACAGUGGCGCGCCAGGGUCUCCGUGCUCAUCGUGGGGUCCGGUCCCGUGGGACUGACGGCGGCACUGGUCGCUGUCCGCUCCGGAAAGGUGCUGAAGCUGACGAUAGUGGACGAGCGGUACCGGAGCUCGCUGCUCUGCAGACCGCAGCAGAUCGCUCUGGACCCGCGCAGUGUCCGGUUCCUGCUGGGGCUCGGGGUGGACUUCGAUAACAUGGAAGGCUGCUGGCACAACGAGCACUUCUUCACCAGGAUCGGAGUCUUCCAGGAGUAUCUGCUCAGCAUCCUGGAGCAGAAGAAGCAGGAGGUCCAGGUCAAGGUCCAGCUGGGGACCAAGUUCACAGAAGACUUCCUCAGACGGAUCCCCCGCGCCGAGUGGCCUCGUGUGAUCGUGGUGGCGGACGGCUCGUGUGGAGACUCCUGCUCGGUUUUAGGAAUCAGCUCCGACUACACGGUGGAGUCCUGUCACGCCUACGGAGCCAACGCCGCCAUCGAGCGUCUGGACCAGAGACAGGUGCCCACCCCAGAGAUCCGGGCCCACAGCCUGUACUUCGACCUGUCUGCCUACGGAGUGGAGUCGGUCCGGGAGCACAGAAACCCCACAGCCAAACCUGGAUUCCACUUGAAGAUCUACGGAACCUUCAGGAACCGCUACAUGGCUCUGGUGUGCCGCGCCAACGACACCAAGAUGGUCCGCUUCCUCAGACACACGGCCAACUCCUCGAUUAUGAAGAACGUUUUCCAUCAGUCUUUCAACGCGUACAAGACGGACAUCGAGCCCCGCCUCAACGACAUGACUCUGUACCACAUGCAGUGCAGCAGGCGACUGUUUGAGAUCCAGCUGUCGCACCGUCGCGUCAGCGCCGCGUUCAUCGAGGGCGACAACGUCGCAGUGACCGUGGAGGGGGAAGCGGCUCGCGUCCUCAACUUCGACACAGGCUGCGGGGUGAAUCUAGGAAUGCGAGGGUUGGAGUCGAUGGGCGCGUUCAUCUACAAAACAGCCACUGCUGUGGACCAGAACGACAUUUUGGAUGCGCUGUCAGCCAAGAUGCAGCACUCCAGACGCGUCUCGGAGGACUUCAAGAGCACAGGCCUGACUGACUCCAUGUUCUCCUGAAGCUCUUGCUUCACUGGAACAUUCCACUCUGCAACCGUAACUUAUUUAACAUGGAAUUAAGGUGAUGAUGAUGAUGGUGAAUGGAAAUACUGGACCCGCCAUAAUUUCAUUUUCAUAACCCUUAAAUUAUGACUCGCAAAAACCCUUCAUAUUAUUAUUAUCAUUAUUGUUAUUAUUAUUACUGUUGUUGUUAUUAUUGGUAUUUCAAAGUCGUAUAGAUUUAAGUUUGAACAAACAGAUUCAGCGUAUUUUUAUUUUAUUUAUUUUUAAUUUUUUUGUGGUGUUGCCGAGAACUGUGUUCGCUCAACUGUUUGUGUCCUUAAUAAAUGUCUCCCUCUAGUGGUCAUAAAAAACAAGCGCCGAUGAACUGUCAGCUAUUGAUUCAUUUAUUACAAAAUUAUUUUCAUUAAUCAAGGCAGUUCUUCUCAAUUAUUUUCUGUUGCGCCCCUGUUGCGAAGUAAACGUUUGGCACCCCCCAACUCUCCGCCGCCUCUGAAAAAGUAUCAUUUGUGGAUAAAAUGAUUGUAAGUACAACACUGCAUAACAUUGUGUCCUUGUUAACGUUAAAGAAAAGAAAAAAAGAAAGGAAUAUAGAUCAACUUACAAUAAAGAAU